UGUGAGUAGUUACCAAGCUACCAAUGUUUUCUUGUAAUUUAAAAUCAACAGAGUAUAUGCAAAAGCAAUUUAAACCAAGUCCUAAUGGCAGAAAAAAGUAUGUACUACAUACAUACAUAUAAAAACCAGAAUAUAAUUUGUAUAUACAUAAUCACUCCAUUACAAAAAUUCCAUUUCGUUACAAUCAUCAGAAACCGUUAAUAACAGAAUUUGUGUUAGGAAAGCCACUAACAAUGUUAUUUUCUAUCUUCAACAACAACAAAUCGAACAAAAAGCAAACAAUGUUCGCAAACAUCGCGGCUUUCUUCAUUGUUCUACAAUUACAUGGGCAGUUAAACAUCACAGGAGCAAACACUGUCGGCCUUGGGAAUCACAUCCUGCAAGAAGGAAAGGUGACGCUUGCGGCAGGCUCGAGGGUUAUUACCAAUAAUGAGGACAUUGAACGGUACAAGGCGAGUUCUGCCGAUGCUUGCGAUGUUAAUUUUGACGUUAACGGGAAUAUCAUUCUCCACUACCGAAAAGAAGCUAGGGCGAGGUAUAAAGGUUGUACUGUGGAUCUUCUAACCGAUAAGGUGGACGAGAUUGUUUUCUGGACUAGAUUGCACGAUUUUAAAGGGCUCGGUUCUUGUAUGGUAAAGAGUAGCAUCAAUUCAAAUGUACUGCCUUUUGCCUACAGUCUGACAAAUGAGGAAGUCAAGGAAUUCCACAAUGGCCCGCGUUUCGCUAAUGUUUCAUGCGAUAGUUGUAUGGAGGGGUGUGUCGAAAAGACAGGUCUAGAAGUUAGAUGGGCACGUGAUAAAGUUGGAAGCAAGGAAUAUGCUGUGAUUUAUGUAAAUCCAAUUGCCACAAAAAUGGUUUAUUAUGCUGGCAUUAAAAGGGACAUGAGAGAACAAUUUGUGGAAUUGAAACAAAGUUUAGUAAUAAACCAAAAAGGCCCUAAAUUUCACAUCAAAUUUUCAAACAACGGGACAGAGUACAUAUAUACUCGACCAUCUAACUGCAUCGAAAAUCCCAAAGAAAACAUUCUCUCACCUUCAACAUGGGAAAUUGUUGGUACGAGUCCAGAGCCUACAAUGAAUCGUUUGUUGGUUUUUCAUCUUCUUCCACAAAGGGCAACACGAAAAAGGCGCAUGAUGCAAAAUCCUUUUAAUGGGUUUAUUGCAUAUGUUGUGAUAAUAGAACGCCCAACAGGACCAAAAUGUGAUGAUUUAAUAAUGAUAUUUAAUACCUCUAUAACAACAACUUCAAGGGCAAGUGACAACAAUGGGCAAGAAUCAACUAAGAUCUCGACAAUUAAGCCCUCCUUCAAAGUUGGUCUUGGGGAUCACAUUCUUCAAGAAGGAAAGGUGACGCUUGCUAACGGAUCUAUGAUUGUCAAAAAAGAAGACGUUGAGCAGUACAUGACGAGUUCUGCUAAUGCUUGCAAUGUUGAUUUUGAUGACGAGGGGAAUAUCGUUCUCCAUUACACAAAUCUAGAGGCGACAAAGGAUAAAGGGUGUACAAUGGAUCUUCUAACCAAUAAGGGGCACGAGAUUGUUUUCUGGACUGGUGUGCAUAAUCUAGGAGGGCUUGAUGCUUGUCUGAACGGGAGUGACAUAAAUUCAAACGUACUGCCUUUUGCCUACAGUCUGACAAAUGAGGAAGCCAAGAAAUUCCACAAUGGCCCGAUUUUCGCUGAUGGUCUCUGCCGAUGUGCUGAGGGAUGUGUCGAAAAGACAGGGCUAGAAGUUAGAUGGGCAUAUGAUAAAAUUGUAGGCAAAGAAAAUGUUGUGCUUUAUGCAAAUCCAAUUGGCACGAAAUUGGUUUACUAUAUUCGUAGAGAAUGGAACUUGAACAGCACAUUUGUGUAUUUUAAUCAAACACACAUCAAACAAACAGUUCCUCAAUUUCACAUCGAAUCUUUAAAGGAAUACAAUGACAGAAAUCCUCAACCAUCUAACUGCAUCAAAAAUCUCAAAGAAAACAUUCUCUCGCCUUCAACCUGGGAAAUUGUUGGUACGAGUCCAGAGCCUAAAAUGAAUCGUUUGUUGGUUUUUCAUCUUCUUCCACAAAAGGCAUCGCGGAAGUGGAUGUUGAUGAAAAAUAAUCAUACUGGAUUACAGGAAUAUGUUGUGAGAAAAGAACACCCAGAAGGUCCAAAAUGUGAUGAUUUGAGGAUUAUAUUUUCUAGAGAUAACUACAAAUUGUUGACUACUCCAACACCUGGCACUUCAACACUGAAAGCAACUCAAGGGGAAAGAAAGACUACAAUUAAUAAAGAAAAUAUAUCCACAUCAACUUCUAGUAUUAAUGAUAGAACAGACUCAUCGUCCAAGAAGGCACCAGAAAUAACUGAAACUUUGACAGCUGUAUUCUCUUUAACAACUACAAUUACAAAAGCUACAACAACAAUAACUACUAUCACCCAAGGCUCUUCAGGCUUUCCGUUUUUUGUGAUUAUUGUUGUUAUCCUGGCUGUUAUUGGGAUUGGAAUUGCUGUCUACUUCUUUGCCUUUAAUAAGGGCUCUGACACGGAGGAGAAAGAUGUUGAGGCAAGUGAUGUGACUAAAAGAGAAGUUAAAGGAGAGGAUCAAAAGGAGGAAGAUAUCAUAGGAGAAAAGAAUGAUAAUGCCAAAGAAGAAGUUCAAAAGAAGGAAGAUGAAAAAGUAAAAGAGAACAAGGAUGAUGUCAAAGGAGAUGAUCAAAAAAAGGAACAUGUCACAGAAGAAGGAAAAAAUGAAGAUGUCAAAAAAGAUGAACAAAAGAAGGAACAUGUCGAAAGAGAAAAUCAAAAGAAGGAAGAUGCUGAAGUAGAAGCAAAGAAAAAAGAUGUCAAAGGAGAAGAACAAAUGAAGGAAAAUGUCAAGGAAGAAAGUCAAAAGAAGGAAUUUAGUGAAGUAGAAGAAAAGAAGGAAGAUCUCAAGGAAAAUAAUCAAAGGAAGGAUGAAGACGGCGAUAAUAAAGCAAAAGAGAAGAUAGAGGCGACUGAAAAGUCAGUGGAGGAUUCUGCAACAACAACUGAAGGAGAAACCAAAGAAGAACAGUCAAAAACUGAAGAUACUGAAGAUAUAAAUGAAGAAGAAGAGAAGGAAGAUGAAACUCAAGAAGAUGAGUCUUAG